AUGAUCAAGCGCUUCUUCCCCAGCGAAUUUGGCACCGACAUUGAGUACAGUGAAGCUUCAACCCACGAGACAGUGCACCAAGACAAACUCAAAGUGCGACACUAUUUCCGUGAGCACGUCAAACGACUGGAGCACACUUACAUCAUGACCGGACCAUAUGGAGACUACUACUUCGGCUGGGGACCGGUGCCGCAGGAGCCCAAAAUUGGCAGUUUCGAUGCGAAGGCAAGGAAGGCUUAUCUGCUUGAACCAGCCGAUAAGAAAAUUGCUUGGACGACCACGAAAGACGUUGGUCGCUUCGUCGUCGCUGCACUGCUGCACCCGGAAGUGUCCCGCAACAAGGCUCUGAAGGGAAGUCGUUCGUUGCAAGCCAUGCGGAUAUAA